AUAUAGAUACCAGGAAAAAGGAUAUCUACGGAAAGAUACAGAGAUAGUUGAGACAACCUGAACGUCAUUCUAGUUUGAUGAUAACCAUUUGCCCGAAAGUUGAACUUACACAAACCACACCUUAUAUACUUGUUGUUGUUUCGCAACGGUUUCUAUUGCUCAUCGGCCGUAUUAAAUAUCGCGAAUUAGAUUGAAUUAUAUGGGAUUGAACCACGAGUAAUUAUUAUCGCUUCUGGAAAAUAACAAUAAUCUCUUGAUAAUUCACGAUGCCUCUCACUACCCCAUCCCUAUUCCCUCCGGAAUCGCAUGUGUUUUCAAAAUUUCCAAGUCGCCGAAGUGUAGUUCAUAGUACGAGAGGUAUCGUGUCAUGCACGCAACCACUCGCAGCGAAAUGUGGUAUCGAAGUGUUGGAGGCGGGGGGUAACUGCGCUGAUGCGGCCGUAGCGGUUGCCGCCGGUCUCAACAUGACGGAGCCAUGCUCCACAGGUAUAGGUGGUGACAUGUUCUGUCUCUUUUACGAUGCCAAGACGAAAAAGGUCUCGGCCAUGAACGGCUCGGGCCGCUCAGGCAAUAAGUGCACUCUUGAGACUAUCCGCAAUUCACUAGGUCUCAAGGAAGGCGAGUCAGGUAGAAUUCCCAUGGCUAGUGUGCACGCCGUCUCCGUGCCCGGAGCCGCAGCCGGAUGGUACGACACGGUCCAGAGGUUCGGCAGCGGAAAGGUGUCUCUAGAACAAAUUCUAGCACCCGCGAUUAGGUUGGGUGAGGAAGGUUUCCCUGUUUCAGAGGGCGUCGCGUAUUUUUGGAAUAAAUCGGAACCACAAAUCAGACAAGCAUCUCCUAAUGGCGGCGAGAUGCUCAAGAAGGAUCCCAGCGCACAAAACGGCGUGCGCGCCCCUAAAGCAGGAGAAAUCAUGAAGAACCCGAACCUAGCAAAAACAUUCCGCGCUUUAGCUACAGAAGGUAAAAAGGGGUUCUACGCCGGGCACAUCGCAACCGAACUCGUCAAAGUAGUCCAAGACCUCGGCGGACACCUCGAGCUAGACGACUUAACACACCACCUAGAAACCGGCACCGAGCCCGUCGAGCCUAUCUCUCUCAAAUUUCGAGGCCAGAAAGUAGCCGAAUUACUAGGCGACAAAACCACCGGCGACGCUGCCCAAAAGCAAGACAUUGGUCUUGAACUCUGGGAACACCCACCCAACGGGCAAGGCAUAGUAGCUCUUAUGGCCCUUGGAAUCAUCCAAGAACUCGAAGCCGCGGGUAAAAUCCCAACUUGGUCGUCUUCCGAUUUCAACACAGCGCCGUAUCUCCACGCUAUUAUUGAGUCCCUACGCAUCGCUUUCGCGGACGCAGCGUGGUUCGUCGCGGACCCGAAUGUCUCGAAGGUGCCCACAAGCUCGCUAAUCUCACAACCGUACCUCGCUUCUCGCGCCGAACUCUUCGAUGCGACGAAAGCAUCAAGCAAUGUCCCGCACGGCUCACCCGCCUGGCAGAGCAGCGACACGGUGUACUUCGCGGUAUCCGAUUCGGAGGGUAACGCGAUUUCGUUCAUCAACAGUAACUACGGCGGCUUCGGUACAUGUAUUAUCCCCGCGGGAUGCGGGUUUACGCUGCAAAACCGCGCGGCGAACUUUUCGCUUGAGAAGGGACAUCCAAAUGUUCUAGAGCCGAGGAAGAGGCCGUAUCAUACGAUAAUCCCGGCUGCGGUGACGAAUUUGCAUGAUGGGAGUUUGCAUAGUGUGUACGGUGUUAUGGGGGGGUUUAUGCAGCCCCAGGGUCAUGUACAGGUCCUUCUGGGACAGGUUGUGGGACGGUGGAGUGUUCAGCAGGCGUUGGAUGCGCCGAGGAUUUGUAUUGGUUCCGGCAUGAGUCAGAGUGGGAAAGAGGACUUGACGGUGUUUGUAGAAGAGGGUAUGCCGGCGGAAACGGUCGAGGGUUUGAAGAAGCUGGGUCACGAUGUUCAGGUCGUGACAGAUAUGGGAAGGUCGCAGUUUGGUCGUGGUCAGAUUAUUAGGUGGACUCUUGAUCCUGUGGAGAAUAUCGGUGUGUGGUCUGCGGGUAGCGAUCCUAGGGGAGAUGGUGCAGCGUAUCCUUUGUAAGGGGGUCGCAGUCGUCGCUGACUUGAAGUGCUAUGAAAUGUUAGAGUAAACGACAGUAGAUCUAGUAAAUUCCA